AUGCUGGGUGCGGCAGUGAGCCUGCUGCUUGCUGCUUUGACCCGCAUGCUGCUCUAUGCCUUUCUGCUGCUCGCGGCAAGCUACAUUCUGCCCUACUACUGGGAUACGUACGACUUGCGCAAGCAUCCCGGUCCGAUCACAGCUCGCUUCUCCACAUUCUGGCUGGCAUACUAUGCUCGUCACGGUCAGCGCUACAGGGCAGUCCAUGCUGCUCAUCAAAGAUAUGGACGCAUCGUGAGAAUAGCACCGAAUCAGCUGUCCAUUGCAGACGCCGAUGCGCUACCGGUCGUGUAUGGUCACUCGACAGGCACGCUCAAGUCGACGUUCUACGAUGCAUUCGUGGCAUCCGUCCACCGAGGACUGUUCAACACGCGCAACCGAGUAGAUCACACUCGCAAGCGCAAGAUUAUCUCCCAUACGUUCUCGCAACGGUCCAUCCUCGAGCUCGAGCCGUACAUAGCCACGACACUGAAGGCAUUCCUCGCUAAGUGGGACAUCAAGUGCGAAUUGGCGAAAGAUAGAUGGGAAUGCGACGCUUUGCCGUGGUUCAACUACUUUGCCUUUGACGUCAUCGGCGAUCUGGCUUUCGGACGACCAUUCGGUAUGGUUGCAGCAGAAGCAGAUCGGACCGUCGUCGAAGAUGACCAAGGCCAUACUUUCACUGCCUCAGCAGUGCGCAUCCUCAACGAACGAGGCGAAUACUCUGCCACCCAGGGGGCAAUCUGGCCACCUCUCCGACCAUACAUGAAGUACUGUGAUCCUUGGUUUGCAAGAGGGUUGGCAAGCGUCAAGAACCUGACCGGUAUCGCAAGAAGUCGCGUCAACCAGCGAUUACGAGAAGGAGCAGGCGAACGCAAAGAUCUACUCGCGAGACUGCAGCAAGGCAAAGACGAGCAGGGGCAUCCUAUGGGCAAGGAUGAGCUGACAGCGGAGGCGCUGACCCAGCUCAUAGCUGGCAGUGACACCACGUCCAACAGUUCUUGCGCAAUCGUGUUCUUCAUCGCGCGGCACUCUCAGGUCAAGCGUCGACUGCAGCAGGAGCUAGACACAGAGCUGGCCGGCAAGGCGAGCGACGACGGCGUGCUCACCUUUGAUGAAGUCAAACGCUUGCCUUAUCUGGCUGCUUGCAUCGAUGAAGGCUUGCGACGGCAUUCGACGAGCUCUAUCGGUUUGCCUCGCAUCAUGCCGGAUCACGUGGUGUUCAAGGACGUACCGAUCAGAGCUGGCACCGUCCUGUCUGUUCCGAGCUACACGAUCCAUCAUGACGAGACAUACUGGUCCGAGCCUUUCACCUAUAAUCCAGACCGAUGGUUGGACAGCUCGGCAGAUGUCAAGCAGUCAAGGGAGAAAGCCUUCAAUCCCUUCUCGACAGGACCGCGAGCCUGUAUCGGUCUCAACGUCGCCCGGCUGGAGCUGCUCGUCUUCAUCGCCAGUCUGUUCUUCCGAUACGAGAUCGACUUGCAGGAUGAGAGUCUGGAUGAGCUGCCGACGAGGGAGGGCUUCCUGCGCAAGCCGCUCUACUGUCAUCUGAAGAUCUCUAGACGAGCCUCAUAG